GAGCAAGCGUCUCUUAGGUGGGGGUUGUUCGGGCAAAAGAGGGAGGCUCUUUACGAGGGAGGAAGGGAGAGUCCGCGGGUUGAGUGUGGUAAUUCGAAAAAUAAGUCUCCGCGGGCGACAAGCACACUUGACCGAAGCACACUCGAAUCGAAAGGGUCGAGCACUCGGGAAUAACAAUUAAUAACGCCAGUCGGCCUACCAGCGAUCCUCUGGCUGCUCGAGAGCCUCCAGGGAUUAUGUGAACGCGGAAGACAUCUAGCAUUCGUCGGCCGAUUCUCCGCUCCGACGUGUCGGCGACGCUGGUAACGAGCGAGAGUGACAGUUGAGUGACUGGGAAAAUUCAGUGUAAUCUUUCAAUAAGUUCACAAAAGAGGUGAAAAAGAAAACAAUACAUUACAAAGACAAGAUAGUGGACCUAGGUGACUAUUCGUAACAUGUGACGCGACGAGCUUCCUCGUGUGUGUACGGUCAACGGUUUGUAACGUAAUUAUGAAGAAAAAGAUUGGAAAAAUUUGAAAAAGAGACAAUUGCGAAAAAUCAAUUUUCAGACAGUUUUUAUCGUAAUUAUCGCGAGAUCUGCGAGAAGCUCGUACGAAAUACUAAGUGAUGGAAGACGAUAAGCGCAGCGAAACCUCGCCGAAACCUUCUCAACCGACUCCCUUCAGCAUCGCCGACAUUCUAAGUCGGAGAACCUCCUGCGCGGAUUCGAAAAGAUGCGACUUGGAGAAAAUCCAGGCUGUAGUUUCCGCGCCGAUUAGAAAACACAAUCGGGAUUACGAGCGCGUAACAGAGAACGAGCAGUUUGACGGAAACUACGAUCAUGAUCAGAUGAUUCAUUAUCCGAGAUUGCCCACCCCGGAGCUGAGCAUGGCGCACGAACUGGAUAUCCUGAGAAGGAAUCUAGCGCAAGCAAAUUUAUCAAAUUUUGGAAACAUCCCGCAUUUAACCCAGGGAUCUUUCAAGCAUCAUCUCGAGACUCUGGAAAACUUGACGGCGUAUCAGCCUGUUAAAGAACCGAUGGAGACCUCUCACAGACAGCAGGACGAAGCGUUGGACAUGAGUAAAAAUAAGUAUUUAGAUGAGGUGGAAGAUGAUGCUUUCGAGACGCAAAAUUCGGGGCAAAGUUUGCAGAAUAGAAAAAAGCGCAGCAGAGCAGCAUUCUCACACGCACAAGUGUAUGAAUUAGAAAGAAGAUUUGCCGCUCAAAAAUAUUUGUCGGGUCCGGAGAGGGCAGAUCUGGCACGCGGCUUAAAAUUAACGGAGACGCAAGUCAAGAUCUGGUUUCAAAAUCGACGAUACAAGACCAAGCGGCGCCAACAGCAGGAAUUAGGUGCCCUCGUAAAUUCUGGAAGCGCCAGACGCGUGGCUGUACGCGUCCUGGUACAUCCGGACGAGCAUUUGAGGGGAUUGCCUCUUCGUGGUUCCGGACAACUUCCCGGCCAAAUGCCGAGCCCGCAAAUUCACCCCGCGAACAAAGCGCUCGGCGGCUUCCCAUAUUACUGUCUACCGUAUCAUCCGCUACUCUGUCCGCCCCUGCACGCCACCCACGUUCAGGUACAGAGCCCGAUCGCGCCCGACUUCGAUCCGAAUCAAAUCUCGAAAAUCAAGAACGAGAAAUGAACGAUAGAUUUCUCGCGAAAUGUCGAGUAUCGUUUCAUCAUAUCACCAAGAUAGUCACUUACGUGCAUGAUGUAAAAUACAAUCAUUUAGAAUAAUGGUAUCUUAGUAUCGCGAAAUAUCGAAAGAAGACUUUGAAAAUCUGCGACUUUGUCUAAAAUAUGAAUUGAACGACUUGAAACAACAGCAUGCUCAAUUACACACGCGAAAAUCAUGAUCAGCAAAGCUGAUCUACAGCGCGAACGAAUUCCAAUGUCAAAUUUAUUCCGGCGAAAAGAAUGCAUAAUUAUUUAGCAAAUUGUUCAUUUCAACAUCGUUCAUUUUUCAACAUCAAGGGAUUUAUAUCUGAUGUUCAGAUUUAUCGUACAUACUUGCAAGAGAAGAAAACACAGAGUAGAGUCGCCCUCUUAUAUGAUCCAUGCGGUAUAUUCCACAUAUGAUGAUAUAUUUUUUCUGACAAAAAAAAUAAAACAAAUAGACAUGAUAAUAAUUAGAAAAAGAUUGAUAAAAAUAUUUUGUAAUUAACAUCUGACCUACAUCUAAUUUCGCAUUCUAAUUGAUUUAAUUUAAAA